AUGGCGUCCAACCUGGCUGAGGACCUGCUGUGUCCGAUCUGCCUCUCCGCCUUGCAAGAGCCCCACCUGCUGGGCUGCGGCCACAGCUUCUGCCCGUUGUGCAUCAAAAGCUGCGUCCCCGUCGGGCAGGGCGCGGGGAGCUGCCCGGAGUGCCGCCGCCCCUUCGAGCUGCAGGAGCUGGCGUCCAACGUGGCCCAGAAAGUGCAGCGCCUGGAGCUCGACGGCGAGCCGCUGCCUGCAGCCGCCCGCGACUUCUGCGAGGAGCACGAGGAGCCGCUGGAGCUCUUCUGUCAGCAGCAUCGCGUCCCCAUCUGCGUGAUCUGCCGGGAUCUGCCACGCCACCGGGGCCACGAGUUCCUGCCGAUCGAAAAUGCUGUGGAGGACGCGCAGGUCAGUUGCAAGGCCUCUGCGUAUUUUGCCGUCGAAUACGCGCAGGUAGCCGAAGGCAAGGCUUCUUUCUCUGUUCGGAGCCCGGGAAGGGCUGUAGCAGUGGUGACACGCGGGUCGGGUUCAGACGUUCGGUCCAAUCCCGUGCGUGCCUUCUCCACCCCCUCACAGAAGUCGGCUUCGCUUGGGUUCAAUAGGGAUUACUUCCCAGGUUGCUGCUGCUUUCUUGGCGAUCACUCAUAGCCGAGUAAGAUUGUCUUCCAUGAACACGGUCUUAACAAUGACUGUGGAGGCCAAUUCUGGUACCGCACGUCCUUCCACAAUGGGAACAAAGGUUUCCGGGUGGAAGUUGAUCACAGUGUGGAAUUGCCAAGGGUGCCUUCCUCUUAGGGCGUUUCUCCCUUGUGUCCUGAGUUUGAGUGUCUUCAAAGCCCAUGACACCUUUGGUAAAGGCUGUUCUCUAGUUGGAGCGCUCGCAGGCCAGUGUUUUCCAGGUGUCAGUGUUUAUCCUACAUUUUUUAAGAUUUGCCUUGCUAUAGUCUUUAAACCUCUUUUGUUGACCACCAGCAUUACGUUUUCCAUUUUUAAAAUGAAGGCAUUGCCCCAAGGGGGAUUUUGCAACACCAAGGAAAACGUCACAAAAACCUUGUGCAAACUUUCCGGUUCUGCAUACCUCUCUUAUAUCAGGACAAGAAGUUAAAAAAUGGGAGAGGGGAAGGUUGGCUGAUGGUAAAACCAUCUGGUCAGAGGCUAAUACUGGGGUGUGGGAAAAUGCAAUAGGAUAUGUUAUUUUUAUUUAAUUUUGUUUCUCACCUGCCCUUCAUCAACAAGGUGAAUUUAAAAACUGGUUUUUGUGUAUAUGUUUAUGCUCUUUUAAAUGUGGCAUCCAUUAUGUCACACACAGCACAGCACAGCACCUAUUUGUGACUAGCCCCCGACCUGCAUAACUUUCUCAAAAUUCCAGGUUUGCCCAGUGUCCCAGAUGGACUAGCAACCCCUGCUGUAACAUCUCUCACUUCUUUUCCCCAUAGUCCAACGCUCCUGUUAAACUAAUUUACCCCUCCAUUAUACUCUUCUAGCCCUAUAUUUCUGGCCAACCUAGCAGUUCGAAAGCAUGCCAAAAAGUGCAAGUAGAUAAAUAGCUACGGCUCCAGCGGGAAGGUAAAUGGCAUUUCCGUGCGCUGCUCUGGUUUCACCAGAAGCGGCUUAGUCAUGCUGGCCACAUGACCCGGGGAAAAACUGUCUGCGGACAAUGCCGGCUCCCUCAGACUGUAAAGCAAGAUGAGUGCCGCAACCCCAGAGUCAUCUGCGACUGGACUUAACUGUCAGGGGUCCUUUACCUUUUCGUUUAGUCGUUUAGUCGUGUCCGACUCUUCGUGACCCCAUGGACCAGAGCACGCCAGGCACUCCUGUCUUCCACUGCCUCCCGCAGUUUGGUCAAACUCAUGCUGGUAGCUUCGAGAACACUGUCCAAUCAUCUCGUCCUCUGUCGUCCCCUUCUCCUUGUGCCCUCCAUCUUUCCCAACAUCAGGGUCUUUUCCAAGGAGUCUUCUCUCAUGAGGUGGCCACAGUAUUGGAGCCUCAGAUUCAGGAUCUGUCCUUCCAGUGAGCACUCAGGGCUGAUUUCCUUAAGGGAGAGGUUUGAUCUUCUUUCAGUCCAUGGGACUCUCAAGAGUCUCCUCCAGCACCAUAAUUCAAAAGCCUCAAUUCUUCAGCGAUCAGCCUUCUUUAUGGUCCAGCUCUUACUUCCGUACAUCACUACUGGGAAAACCAUAGCUUUAACUAUACGGACCUUUCUCGGCAAGGUGAUGUCUCUGCUUUUUAAGAUGCUGUCUAGGUUUGUCAUUGCUUUUCUCCCAAGAAGCAGGCGUCUUUUAAUUUCAUGACUGCUGUCACCAUCUGCAGUGAUCAUGGAGUCCAAGAAAGUAAAAUCUCUCACUGCCUCCAUUUCUUCCCCUUCUAUUUGCCAGGAGGUGAUGGGACCAGUUGCCAUGAUCUUCGUUUUUUUGAUGUUGAGCUUCAAACCAUAUUUUGUGCUCUCUUCUUUCACCCUCAUUAAAAGGUUCUUUAAUUCCUCCUCACUUUCUGCCAUCAAGGUUGUGUCAUCUGCAUAUCUGAGGUUGUUGAUAUUUCUUCCGGCAAUCUUAAUUCCGGCUUGGGAUUCAUUCAGCCCAGCCUUCCGCAUGAUGAAUUCUGCAUAUAAGUUAAAUAAGCAAGGAUACAAUAUACAGUCUUGUCAUACUCAUUUUUAGCCCUGUAAUAUACCUUUUUAGCCUGUAUUAUAUUACUAUUUUCAUUUAUAUACCACUUGGUAUUUUAAGAGAUCUUAAAGCAAUUUACAAUAUAAAAAUGUGUGCGUGUACAUGCACAUACACACACACACACACACACACACACACACACACAAAUAAGUACACAUUAACACCAUAUCACAAACGUAUUUCUAGAGUUUCCUAUAGCUACCCUUUCUCUCGCCCCACCCACCCACCAUGGCCUUCAACCCCCCAUGGCAAGGAUCCUGAUGAUUUUUUUUUUAAUGGUUAUAUGAUUUAGUGUAUUUUCAAUAUGUGUAACAAGUGUUGCCUCUCCUGUUUUGAUAAACGAAAAAUAGACAUGUUUUAUGCUCAAUGUCUCUGGCUUUCUCUGCUACACAGUGGGAAUUGGAGACAUUUCUUAGAAAACUGGAGAAUUUCCUAAAGACCACUGGUGACGCCGAAUCUUUACAGCUACAAGAAAUGUCAGAGAUGGAGGUAAAUGAUACACAUCACACAGACCUGUACUUGGAGCAAGUAAAAGAUUUCAGUUGUAGGAAUGGGGCAAGAUGGGUAGGCCAGUUCAAAGGUCUACUCCAAGAUAGGUUCAAGGUUGAAUUCCUUAUGCCAAUUUCUAUCUCUUGGCCUGUGUGAAAGUAGAGGAAUGGUGGAGAAUGAUAUUGGCCAUCCUGAAUUUGUUGCUGGAAAGGUAGGAUAAAAAUAUAAUAAACUAGCUGUCUUGUACCCAGCAUUGCUCAGGAAUGCUAAGAAUCAAACAAACAAAAAUUGGUGCAGCUUUGAAAUUGGUGGGUAAAGUUACUGCAGGCUUGAAAGGACCAGUCCACCAUCUUGAUUCAAAAUUGGAGUCCAAUUGUAUCCAAACAUAGACCAAAAAACCUGCUCUUUCAACUGGGGAAUAAUCGUGAAACAUUUGCUUACAAUAUCUUUAGAGAUACCCAAAUACAUCUAUUAGAUAACUGAAAUACAAAACCAGCCCUGUAUUUAAAUAGCAUUUGUUAUCAUUCUCUAUUUACAGUAUACCUCAUGAUAUCAUGAGGUAUAAGUGCACCAGGCGAAUAAGUUAGCAAUACAGUGGUACCUCGGGUUAAGUACUUAAUUUGUUCCGGAGGUCCGUUCUUAACCUGAAACUGUUCUUAACCUGAAGCACCACUUUAGCUAAUGGGGCCUCCUGCAGCUGCCGCACCACUGGAGCACUAUUUCUGUUCUCAUCCUGAAGCAAAGUUCUUAACCUGAAGCACUAUUUCUGGGUUAGCGGAGUCUGUAACCUGAGGCGUAUGUAACCUGAAGCAUAUGUAGCCUGAGGUACCACUAUAUUAGAUAACUGAAAUACAAAACCAGCCCUGUAUUUAAAUAGCAUUUGUUAUGAUUCCCUAUUUACAGUAUACCUCAUGAUAUCAUGAGGUAUAAGUUAGCAAUAAUCUGGAAAGUGUUGGUUUCUUGAGACUCUAGAAGACAACAAUACGUGGCUAGCAGUCUGCUUCUGGCUGGUGGGUCUCCUGUUUGCAGGUCUGACUAAAAUCAAGCAAAAAGGAAAGAGCUUCAGUCUUGGCUAAACCACCUCAACAGCUGCUUCCUCCAUGAAAAACUUGUGAGUCCAGAAUGACUCUCAGGCUGUGCACCUGGUCUUUCAGGGACACAGUUACCCCAUUCAGGACCAGCAAACACAUAUCUUUCAAUUAGGCCCAUAAUUUUUGAGGGAGUGCCAUGUUCCAAAUGGCUAUCUGAAUCACCCCUGUGGAUCCGUAUAUGGCGUUGUAACAACUACCAUCCUCAGUUGCCCCAUCUGUGCUUGAGUGAGCCUGAUCCCCAGUUGCAAUAAUAAAGCGUGUAGCAGCUGCAAUUUAGAAGCUGAAUAUAUUCAACAAUUUCCAUUGUACAUUUUAAAAACGGAUUUCGUAAAUCGGAAGGUAUUUGCUGCACGGCUGUUGUUUUUCUCUUUAAGAUUAAAAAAAUCUCUCCUUGCUUCUUCGGUUUUUCUACCACUUGCAGAAUUGCACUAAAGACACCUUGAGCCACAUUUCCAGAGAGUUUGAGGCUCUCCACCAGAUCUUGCAUGAGAAGGAAGAAAGGUUUAAGAACAGAGUCCAGAAGAUAAGCAAGAGGAACCUGAAGGAUAUGCAGAAUGCCGUAAUACAUCUGAAAGACGAAGCAUCUUCGUAUACAAAGAUGAUUGCCAGGAUUAAAGCAGCAUUAGAAACCACAGACCAUGUGGCCUUCCUGAAGGUAAGAGCAGGUUUUUAUGAAUGGUUUACCUUAAAAGACUGGAUGAGAUUUUCAGAGCCAGGGAAGAGCAUGGAAUCCAUUGGGUUCCACAAGUAGGUUAAGUGGAUUCUUUGGGCAUGAGCUGAUAUGGGGAAAGUGGGUGAGGGGAACAUACCGUAUUUACUCGAGUCUAACGCACCAUCAAAUCUAAUGCACACCUCAAUUUUCAAAACCUUGAAACAAAACAAAAAAAGCAUUUUAUGGCAAAUGUAAAUGCUCCAUCGAAUCUAAUGCACACCUUAAUUUUCACAACAUAGCUGGGCCCAAAAAAGGUGAGCAUUAGAUUUGAGUGAAUACGGUAGUUUGGCCAGAUAAUGAUAGCUAGCUUUAAGCAAUACGGCUAGACUAGAUCUGAUUUAAUAUGGCUGCCAAUUUGCUUUUCUCAUCACUCUUAACCAUGGGUAGGCAAAGUAAAGCCCGGGGGCCGGAUGCGGCCCAAUCGCCUUCUAAAUCCGACCCGCGGACAGUCCGGGAAUCAGUGUGUUUUUCCAUGAGUAGAAUGUGUGCUUUUAUUUAAAAUGCAUCUCUGGAUUAUUUGUGGGGCAUAGGAAUUCUCACACACACACACCAAAAUAGUCCGCGCCCCCCAAGGUCUGAGGGACAGUGGACUGGCCCCCUGCUGAAAAAGUUUGCUGACCCCUGCUCUUAAUUCACAUAUUCGGUUGUUAUCAAGCCCUAAGGCUGGGCUUUCCAAACUUUUCAUGUCGGUGACACACUUUUUAGCCUUGCGACAAAGUAAUUCAGUUUUACUAGCAAAUUGGAGGUUAAACUAACCCCUUUCCAGCCCUGGGAGGAGUAUGGGAAGCGUUUGAGCAACACACCUACACAUUGCAACUGACACACUAACGUGUCGUGACACACAGUUUGGAAAGCUCUGCUCUAAGGUUGCCUUUCUUUAUAUGUGCACAAUAUAUAGAAUUGUAGAGUUGGAAGGGACUGUGAGGAUCAUCUAGUCCAGGGGUCAGCAAAACUUGUCCACUGUCCCUCAGACCUUGUGCGGGGCUGGACUAUAUUUUUUGGGGGGUGAACGAAUUCCUAUGCCCUACAAAUACCCAGAGAUGCAUUUUAAAUAAAAGGACACAUUCUACUCAUGUAAAAACAUGCUGAUUCCCAGACUGUCCACGGGCCGGAUUUAGAAGGCGAUUGGGCCGGAUCCAGCCCCCGGGCCUUAGGUUGCCUUCCCAUGAUCUAGUCCAACCCCCUGCAAUGCAGGAAUAUGCAGGUGUCCCAUACGGGGAUCGAACCUGCAACCUUGGCAUUAUCAGCACCACACUCUAACCAACUGAGUUAUCAAUCUGACCCAAGGUUUAUCCCGGGGGGUGGGGAAUACUGUAACCCAGCCUUUCCCAACUUUUGGGCCUCAACACAACAUUUGGAUACAACAUUUAAGACAUAGAACAAUGAUUAAAAUGAACAGUAAGCUUUAAAAAACCAAAAACAGAUUCAGUUACAUGUCAAUGCCACCCGUAUCUGGGUAGGCCUGCAUAAACAAAAAUCUUUUUAUUUGGCGCCAAAAGGAGUACAGUGGUACCUCAGGUUAAGUACUUAAUUCAUUCCGGAGGUCCGUUCUUAACCUGAAACUGUUCUUAACCUGAAGCACCACUUUAGCUAAUGGGGCCUCCCGCUGUCACGAUUUCUGUUCUCAUCCUGGAGCAAAGUUCUUAACCUGAGGUACUAUUUCUGGGUUAGCGGAGCUGUAACCUGAAGCGUCUGUAACCUGAAGCGUAUGUAACCCGAGGUACCACUGUACAAUGAAGGUGCCUCCAUCACUGAUUUCUUAAUACGUGGCACCUGUAACAAGGCCAGUUCCAUCUGCCUCGGGCAGCCUAGCCAAUGACUAAGGAUGAUGGGAGUUGUAGUCCAACAGUGUUUGAGGAUACCGGUCUUCUCAUUUACUAUGUAUGAGCAAUAAGCUUUCUUACAGGCAAUCACAAGACUUUGUUUAUGCCUGUAUCAUUUUACACUUGCUUGUAUUUUUCUUUUGUGUAUAGUUGCCCCUUGGGUGUUUCUUUGUGGGCACUUGAUAAAGAAUCCUAAUUAUUACUAUAGUCUUGCUUAUUUUGUUUGUGCAAAUAUUUAUACCGCUCAACAUAUAAAGUACUGGAGCGGUGAACACUUUAGGACCCGAAAGCAUAUGUAUGUAAUCAAAUACAGAAAAACAGUAGAAGUAUCUUUUAGGAAUGUGGAGAAAUUGACUUCGAUUGGGCCUGGCUGGACUUGCAUCCGUGAGCUCUGAUGUUGUGAGGGGAGCGCUGUUAAUUCUUCCAUGUUUUGAGGGGGCAGUGAAGAGAGGAAGAGCUCAUUGACUACAUCUCAAUUGUUCUCUUUCAUGCAGGGCUUCAAGCAACUGAUGUACGAGUAAGUUCAUGAAUUCAUAUUUCACCCCUGUGCCAUAACGUCUUCAGAAAAUAUCUCUUCCCACGAGACCCUUGGUUUGAACCCCUUUAGUCCAUUACCCAAAGAAGCCAGAUUUAGACCACCAGCCUUCCCAUUCGGCCCCUCACAAACCACAUCCGCCUGCCCCACACCUGACAUCAAAGAAUAAUAUAAUAUAUAUAAUAUUUGUUAAUUUAUAUACCCCGCCCAUCUGGCUGGGUCUCCCCAGCAACACUUGGGCGGCCUACAACAUAUAAAACCCAACAAAACGUCAAGCCAUUAGAAAACAAUAUAUCCUAUACCAAACCGAUAAAUUAAUAAAAAAACCAGUAACAGCAAUAAUAAGAAACAGUUUACAGUUAAUACCCAAAUUUAAGUAACCGCCAACCCCAACUAAACAUUGUAACCAACACCAACCCAACAAAAAUGAAAUGGAGGAAUCAAAAUUAGACCUGUUUAAAAUAUUUUAGCCAGUUGCCCCAACCCAAGAGUUGUUCCAGCAAUGUCCUAGUAGCCUCCCAGGAGCCUCUUUUAGCUAUUCAGGGUGGGUGUGGGCCCUGCCCCCUAGGCCAGGUGGAAAUGGGCCUUGCAGCAGAGAGCAGGUCUUCCCUCCAUCGCUCACGGCAGCAGCAAUUGAACGUGACAUCCAGCAAGGGGCAGCAAGAGACAAGGCUGGAUCCUAUGGCUGUUAAUCAGGAUUUGAACUCGCUGCUCGUUCUCUGAAGUGCAAGGAGUUAAUCCUGAGGACCAAGAUAGACAGGUGGGCAGGACUACUCACCUGCUAAUCACAUGGUUAAUUACCUGACAUCCGAUGGUUGACAGGUGGGUGGUCUCACCUUUCCGUUAGAUUUGGCCUGCAGGGUUUGUGGGAAGACAAAGAUUUGGCCCUCCAGCCGAAAAGGUUCUUUUCCCCAUCUCUGCUCUGGACAGAUGUAUGAUAAAACUCCAGGUUUCCUAGAAAGUAAUGUUGACAAGUGCACUUUUUUUGUGCAUUUUUUCCUUGACUAGAUUGUGCCUUUGGAUUCCUACCCCACCCCCAGCAAUGUCCCAUUAAUACUUUUUGUCUGAAAAGCACCAGCUAAGGUGCAAAUUGCCCUUCUUUAUCGAAAGUUGAAACUCUUCAUAAUUUCCACUCCCUCCAUUUUUGGAGAGAGCCGGUAACAUGUGUUUUAUUAUACUAAAUGAAUAAUGUGAUGAUUUAAUUCCUAUUAGAUCUUUAUCACAUCCUUCCUUGCCCCUUUAUUGUGGCCUUCCCCCCAAAUAUUCUCAGGGUAGAAGAAAUCUGCCCCCCAAAAAAAAAUAAUGAGGGGGACAGACCUGUAACAGAGCGGUUCAACAGUGGAACAGUCUCCCUCGGGAGACUGUGGACUCUCCUUCCUUAGAGGUUUUUAAGCAGAGGCGGGAUGGCCAUCUUGUCAGGGUUCCUUCUAGCUCCACAAUUCUAUGAUUCUACCUUACCAGGGAGGGCUUUUAGUAAGCAUGGGACCACUACUAAGAAGGCCCUGUUGUGGGUUUGUGCCAGCUGGGCAGCACCACCACCAGCAAGGAAGCCAAUUGACCCUUCUUUAACCAUGUUUUGUUUAGCCAACCCGCCAAACUAUAUAAAGUCAGGAGCAGCUGGGAAGCAAAACAAUCGGGCAAGGUGUGCUUCUGUGAGCCAUGGCUUAGUGUUAGCAUGCAAAAUAACCAAGCUGAUGUCGUUUGGGGGCUGCUUUGGCUUCUUACUGAAAGGCCUGCAAUGUUUUGACCCUUCCUACUGUUGCAGGAAGGGACGCGGGUGGCGCUGUGGGUUAAACCACAGAGCCUAGGACUUGCCGAUCAGAAGGUCAGCGGUUCGAAUCCCCGUGACGGGGUGAGCUCCCGUUGCUCGGUCCCUGCUCCUGCCAACCUAGCAGUUUGAAGGCACAUCAAAGUGCAAGUAGAUAAAUAGGUACUGCUCUGGCGGGAAGGUAAACGGCAUUUCCGUGCGCUGCUCUGGUUCACCAGAAAUGGCUUAGUCAUGCUGGCCACAUGACCCGGAAGCUGUACGCCGGCUCCCUCGGCCAGUAAAGCAAGAUGCGCACCGCAACCCCAGAGUCGGCCACGACUGGACCUAAUGAUCAGGGGUCCCUUUACCUUUACCUUACUGUUGCAGGAAUUUAUGUAUAGGGUGGGGGGGUUUGCACCUCCAGCAGAUACCAUGCACAUGCAGCCCACUACCAAAACCAGCACAAUCACUCUUGUGACUUUUGUGAUUUGUCCCCACAAAACACUUCAUCACAGUUUCUUCCUAUCUAUUCAAAGGGCCUUUGCUGCACGAUACCAAAUGUAACAGUUCACUGAUAAAUGUAUCUAUGUACAGUGGUACCUCACAAGACGAAUGCCUCGCAAGACAAAAAACUCGCAAGACGAAAGGGUUUUUGGUUUUUUGAGUUGCUUCGCAAGACGAUUUUCCCUAUGGGCUUGCUUCGCAAGACGGAAACGUCUUGUAAGUUUGUUUCCUUUUUCUUAACACCGUUAAUACAGUUGCGACUUGACUUCGAGGAGCAACUCAUAGAACACUGUGUGGUAGCCUUUUUUGAGGUUUUUAAAGACUUUGGUGAUUUUUGAAGCUUUUCCAAAACUUUCCCGACACCGUGCUUCGCAAGACAAAAAAAAUCGCAAGACGACAAAACUCGCGGAACGAAUUAAUUUCGUCUUGCGAGGCACCACUGUACUGGUUCACUGGGAAAACUUCAGAAAUUCAUAUAGACAUGUGAGCUCAGCUACUCAGCAGCCCCUCUGCCUGAUACCUGACAGGCAGGUAGCCAUUCCAGAAAUAACAAACCCAGAUGAUGACAAAAGGGUGUGAUUACCUUGGCUGGGAAACAGGGAAAUGUAAAUAUCUCUUUUGUUACACUUGAUGGGUGUUUGGUGGAGGGCCAGGAGAACCAUGGGGCAGGGUCCAGGAUGCUCAGAUUACUGCCACCAGACCUCCCCUUUUAUGAUGUAACCGUGAUGUAGUUUGGGGGGGGUGUAACAUGGGGAUUAGCAGCUAAUAAAAGUUUGGGUUCUCUUUUGUUCGGGGCUUCCAUCUUGUUCCACCUUGUGGCAAGUGGGAGUCCUGUCGCGACAGUCUUCAAUAAAGACCAAGCCUACUGGCUGCUGUUUUGCUCUGGUAUUCCUGGCUGGUGUCCUUGUUUUUUUGCCCAAGGGAGCCCUCAGAUUUCUCCGUUAACACUUCCCAGUAGGCAGCCCAAGGCGCUUAGUGGCAAGCGGGGUGUGAUCCAUGGGGAAAGCCCUCUCUGGCAAUCUGGUAUACACAGCUGUGUUCUCCUCCCUCAGAACUGCGGUGGGCAAGGACGAAGGAGACAGUGGCGAAGAAGAGGCUGGGCUCGAGGAAGAAUGUGACAGCGAUGAAUGCGAGAACAGUGGCACGGAAGAUAAUUCUGGUUUCUCCGGUGGCAUUGCAAUGUCAGCGGCUGUAGCCCUUGAGAAAUUUGAGGCCUCGCUGCAUUUUGAUGUGUGGAAGAAAAUUUUGCAAUCUAUUGAACCCAUGGACUGAUACCCCAACCCCAACCUUUUAUACAUAGAUGGUCUUGAUGCGGUUAUCUGCUUGGCUGCGAGUGAUGGUCUGUAAUUGAACUAUAGUACUGACAGUGCUCUGAUAUUAUUAUUCUCUCACCACCCACCCCUUCUCUCUUCCCCAUCCCCCUUAAUUCCACUAGUGGCACCACUACAGUUUUAAUGGAGGGUAAUAUUUUUGGACGGGCUUUAUAACAACAAUGUGAGGGAACUGGUAGCUUCUUCUGAGGCAGCUCUGAGGAAGCUACGCUUGCUGUUUUGAAAACACACCCCAUAUUAGCCUUUGCUGGAAUGGUGCCUUUUGGGUGUUUUGGACUACAAAUCCCACCAGCCCUAGCCAGCAUGUGUUGCCUGGGGCUGAUGGGAGUUGUAGUCCAAAACAUCCUUUCCCCCCUGAGCAGCAGUGGGGGUGGCCCGGGGGGGCGGACCAUUGGCAGCUGUGUGAGGAAAGUUGUGGUCUUGCCCAGGACCCCAGAAGUGGAAGCUGGUAUUAUUUCAUUCUUUAUUGGCAAACCCAAGCAUGGGCAUUAGAUGGCAUACACUUUGGCAGAUGUGGAGAACCUUUUGCCCUCCAGAUGUUGCUCAGCUACAACUCCCAGCAGCCCCCUGCUAAUAUGAUUGGCAGCUAGGGAUGGUGUGAAUUAUAGUUCAGAAACCCCAGGGGCCAAAUGUUCCCCAUUCCUGCUCUAUAGUAUUUUGUAAAGUUAGUUUCAUUUUUUUAAGAAAGAUUCCAAAAUCUGCAUGAAACAUUCCGAUUUGCAGAAUAUCACGUUCCUAUGACUCGGCCCUCUGAAAUGACCUGUAUCCUCGGUUGAUUUGUCUUGUUUCUACCUAAUUACUGAAUACUUUUUAAAAUUGUGAUUUAUUGAAAUGUUGCAUUGUUCGCCGAUGACGUUGGAAGGAACAGAAUAUAAAUAAAUAAAAAUUUCUCCCCCCCCACACACACACUAACCACUCCUCACAAGAAGAUCCCAGGAUCAGCUUAUAGCACAGAAGCACAACACAAUUUGAAUAAUAGACAACAACUUGCCUCUCCCUAACCCCAAAACGAUAAUUCCAUGCUGGAAGGGAGGACACUGAUAUUGUCAAAGAGCAGAGCCAAGUGGUGUGUCUUCAGCAAUGAAACAGAAGCUGUGAGCUGUACUUCUCUGGUUGUGCAAAAAAGGGUCCUUGUAAUUUCUGCCUGGCAUCUACAUUUUUUGUCCUCAUUGGUCCAUUUGACCUUAACAACCUUCAAAGCAAAUGGUCCUGUAUUUCCCCCUUUUUUUCCUUUUUGGCCUGCCAUGGCCAAUUUUGGAAAAACCAAAGAAAAACCAAGUGAACUGAACCUUUCCAAAAGGGAUAUUUUAAAGCCUGUAUCUUUGUUAACCCAAAGAUUGCAUGAUCCUUUUGUAAGGAAACCAUGCAUUUUAAUUUUUAAGUCAUUUGGAACCUAUUUUCUUUUUUUACUGCCAGCAGAUGGAGCCUUGUUUGCUGUAAUUUCUGGAGACUCUGAGUAAAAUAUUAACUUAUAUGCCAAACUAAGUGUCUGUGAUUUAUUCUAGCCUAAGUGUUUUGCCAGGAAGUUUUGUUUCAUAGCUCCCUGAUAAACGUGCAUGGGGAAGACAUUUUUACUUCAGCAGGCAUUCUGAUGUAAUGAUUAAUUUUAACAGAUGUUAUAGCUCAUGUAUCUUUUUUAUAUAACCUUAUAUUACCGCACUAUUAACCCUCAGCUGAUUGAAACGUAAUGAAGGAGAAGGAAUAGCAUUGCAGAACCUCAGCUGGCAUUAGCUAGUUUCUCUGCAAUAUGAGUGAGCAAAUGAUGUCAAUUUGGAGAAAAGCCCCAGUGUGCAAAUCGCCUCAGUAACAGGCAAGGCUCAAACUGACUUCAUGUGAAUGACUCACCUCUCGUUUGUUAGGCAAGAGCAACAACAUUUCUGCACCUCCUGAUAAUCAUGUGACUUGUGGUCUAAAAGUGUCAGGGUGGCAGACUUCUUACAUCAGAUAGCUUCUUGCAUUGUAGAUCUUGAGAAAUGGAAAUGUUAUGACGCAGCUCAAUAAGAAGCCAGGAAUAGAAAGUUGUUUUGGAUCUUCUCCUUCACAGCGGGCAGACUAGAUUCCGUUCAUCUGGAAUUCUGUGCUAAAAUCUAAAUUUACAGUAAGGUAAAGGGACCCCUGACCCUCAGGUCCAUUCGUGACCGACUCUGGGGUUGCAGCGCUCAUCUUGCUUUAUUGGCCGAGGGAGCUGGCGUACAGCUUCCGGGUCAUGUGGCCAGCAUGACUAAGCCGCUUCUGGCAAACCAGAGCAGCGCACAGAAACGCUGUUUACCUUCCCACCGAAGUGGUACCUAUUUAUCUACUUGCACUUUGAUGUGCUUUCAAACUUGAAUUCCCCCCACAAAAUACUGAGAGUCACAGCAAUUUUUAGCAGCAUUUGCAUUCUCUUUCUCCUGCUUUCAAGGCAGGAGCUUAUAGCUGCCAUAUAAAUCUAAUAAAUAAAAAUACAUCUUCAGGGAUGCUGUAGUUUCUGAUGAGAACCCAGCAGAACCUCAGACCAGCCAGAUGCACUUAGCAGGUCUGCAAAAUCUAUUGCUGGUCCUCCAGUGUCAGGAAGUCAGUCCAUGUUUCUUCAUUGCCUUGACAACGAAGACAAUGAGUAAUAAUAUGACCACACAUCUAAAUCUCAAGUCAGCUGUAGGUUUCCUUGGGUUUCGCGUUCGUGUCAGCUGUUUUGCAGAAUACAUUUCUGAGUAAGUACAAAUGGGAUUUUUCAGAAAGGAAGUUGUGGUUUCUGUCAACCCCAGGCUCCUUGCUCCCCAUCUGAUGCCCUUUUCUUGUCAGCACAGAAUCAAAUGUGGAAAUGAAGGAGAACUAUAUGAAAACGAUGUACAGGUGGUGUUUGACUUCUAGUAAAUUGGCUAAGACGUAUAAAGCUGAAUCAGAUAUGUGCUGGAAAUGUAAGGAAAAAUGGGAGGUACCAUUAACAUACAGUGGUACCUCGGGUUACAGACGCUUCAGGUUACAGACGCUUCAGGUUACAGACUCCGCUAACCCAGAAAUAGUACCUCAGGUUAAGAAUUUUGCUUCAGGAUGAGAACAAAAAUUGUGCUCUGGUGUCGUGGCAGCAGUGGGAGGCCCCAUUAGCUAAAGUGGUACCUCAGGUUCAGAACAGUUUCAGGUUCAGAACGGACCUCCAGAACGAAUUAAGUUCUUAACCCGAGGUACCACUGUAUGUGGUGGACAUGUCAGAUAGUGAAAGCUUUUUGGGAGAUGAUUUAUAAUAAGCUGGAAAUGUUGAAGGUAUCGUUUAGAAGAAGACCAGAAUCCUUUUUUCUAGGAAUAAAGGUAAAAGGUAAAAGAAGGUAAAAGACCGGGGAAGCCGGUGUUUGACCACAGACAGCUUUCUAGGUCAUGUGGCCAGCAUGACUAAACUGCUUCUGGUGCAACAGAAUGCCAUGACAGAAGCCAGAGCGCACAGAAAUGCCGUUUACCUUCCUGCUGGAGUGGUACCUAUUUAUCUACUUGCACUGGCGUGCCUUUGAACUGCUAGGUUGGCAGGAGCUGGGACAGAGCAAUGGGAGCUCACUCCAUUGUGGGGUUUCGAACCACUGAUCUUCUGAUCAGCACACCCAAGAGGCUCAGUGGUUUAGACCACAGCGCCACUUGUGUCCUUAGGAAUAAUAGGUCAAGCUGUACCCAAGGAUCAGAAAAAACUACCGUAUCUAUGUAUUCAGCAAUGGCUGCCAGGAUGAUUUAUGGGCAGAAGAAACAGUUCCAACCAAGAAGGUCAGGCAGAUAAAGCUGAUGGAGUAUGCGGAGAUGUCCAAACUUAAGGGAAGAAUAAGAAACCAGGAAGAGAAUUUUUUAAAUAAAGACUGGGGAAAACUUAUUGGAUAUAUAAAAAGUUAUUGUAAACAGCUUAAAACUUUAGCAGAGCUAAUGUAAAACGAGCAGUAAAGAAUAAUUAAAUAAAUUUUAGAAGAAAUAUACAAGGAAUUUUUGUGGAUAUGCAAAAGUAGAGAACCACAGAUUGCGGGGAGGGGGAGUCAAUUUGAUGUUAUUUACAGUUUUGUUAAUUGGUAUGUAUUGAUGAAAAAUGAAAAAUGAUAAGUAAAUAGGAAAUAAGUGUAAUAAAUACUGUAAUAUCAUUUACCAUUUCAACAAGUUUGCUUAUUUAAUAAAGCUGAACAUUCGUGACUAAUUCAAACUCAUUUAAAAGUAUCUGUGUGUGUUUUUUAUUACUGAUUUGUUUCAGAAUAAAUAAACAUUGCAUUUGAUUAAAAAUGAAAGUAAACACUGUGGUUAGCAAGUGCAAGGUUGCCUCUUGUUUCAUCUGUGGAAAGAGGAAGCUAAGAAAGAUGAGGCCGUCUCCUUUUCCAUGAAAUCGGGGGCGCAGAAACUAUGAGUAACUGUGGCAUUCAGCUGCUGCAAAGGGUGAUUUCAUGAGGAGGUCCUUCUUUCCACUAUUGCGGAUGUGGGAAUCUCCCUUAGUCUAAGGGCCACAUUCCCUUCUUGACAAGCUUUCAGGGGCCACAUGUCAAUAGUGGGCAACAGAUGUGACUCUUACUUUUAUACAGUAGGUAGGUAGGUAGGUAGGUAGGUAGGUAGGUAGAUAGAUGAUAGAUAGAUUUUGUUUAGUCGUUUAGUCAUGUCCGACUCUUUGUGACCCCAUGGACCAGAGCACGCCUGUCUUCCACUGCCUCCCGCAGUUUGGUCAAACUCAUGCAGGUAGCUUCCAGAACACUGUCCAACUAUCUCGUCCUCUGUCGUCCCCUUCUCCUUGUGCCCUCCAUCUUUCCCAACAUCAGGGUCUUUUCCAGGGAGUCUUCUCUUCUCAUGAGGUGGCCAAAGUACUGGAGCCUUCCCUGUAACCUCACUUCUUGCAGGGAGGGAACCACCAGAAGGCCCUCAAAGCUGGACAAUGCGGUUAGAGAUGCUCCUUCAGAUAUAUUGGGCCGAGGCCAUUUAGGGCUUUAAAGGUCAGCACCAACACUUUGGUUCGGAAACGUACUGGGAGCCAAUGUAGGUUUUUCAGGACCGGUGUUAUAUGGUCUCGGUGGCUGUUCCCAGUCACCAGUCUAGCUGCCGCAUUCUGGAUUAUUUGUAGUUUCCAAGUCACCUUCAAAGGUAGCUUAUUGAUGGUCAGGGCUGGAGGCCAUGAUGGAGGUCAAUGAACAUGGCCAAGGCCAUAGACUAGUUUCUACCAACUCUCAUUCACCCCUCUUGUGUUCUUCAUCCAGGCAAGGAAGGGUUCCAGCCAUGCAAAUCCACUCUAGGAGGUUGUGAGGGAGCCCUUUGACAAGGGAUCUGGAGCCAACCCAUUAUCAUAGACUCAUAGACUUGUAGGGAUCCCGAGGGUCAUCUAGCCCAACCCCUGCAAUGCAGGACUCUCAGCUAAAGCAUGAAUGGCAGGUGGCCAUUGAUUUCGUCCCAUUGGGGAAGAAAUGAUCAAAUUGGAAAAUCAAGGUGAGAUAGUAAUUAAUAUGCUGGCAGGAUGUGCUUCACGUGCUUUAGAAGAAUCCUGUAGCGGUGAUAGCAAGUGGCCUGGGAGACAGGGUUUUUCAAUGAUGCUUGCUUUGUUGUGGUGUCUGACUUUUGUGGUUUCCUGUAUCUGUGAUAGCGCAAAUUGCUGAAGUGGUGGUUUUCAGUAGCAGGGAUGCUGUGUCACGCAAGCCUUGCUGCGCCGUCUUAGAGAUUUGCAGGCGACGGCAAGAGAUGUUUUCAUCUCUUGAGCAAUGUAGUUGGUUUUCCUGUGGGCUAUUUUUGUGCAUGAAUAAAACGCAGCGCUGGCCCUCUGAGUCUACAGUUUGAGAGCUGGUUCUUCCCUCGCAGGAUCUCAGAGAAGUGGGAAGGUUUUGUCAGAGAGUCUCAGAAGUUUUGUGUGUGCCUAUAUUUCAGAAGGCAGGUAAGGAGAUAACUUGCGGGAGGGAAAGGAUUUGUAGAUCUUUUGCUUUGCUGAUUCAAAUUACAAUGGGAAAUUGAAUUAUUCAGUAAGCAUAUGUGACUAAAAAUGUCCUAGGCAGAGCUUAGAAUCAAGUCAUAUUCUGCCAAAUUUAUUGACAAGGUGCGGGGAGCGAAAACGGGUUGAUGGUGGUACUUUUAUUUUGCUGGGUUUCCAGUUUCCAUCUAUGUUACUUCUCCAUGUAUUGGAGAAGAUUUUGAGCAUCUUGCUGGAUCGCCCUAAGCGAACCUGAAGCUGCUGUACUUGCUAGGAAAGAAAUGAAAGAUAACUGGUUCUUAAUUCUAUUUUGGCAGUAAAAAACAAAACAAAACAAAACAUUUUCUUUCAAUUAUUAACAGCUAUGCCUUUUUUAAAAAAGCAAUUUCCCAGAAAGCGAGUAUUAUGGGGGUGCUUCUUAAAAGAUAUCUUUGUAAGACAUCAAUUUUGCUGGCAUUAAUACAUUCCAAACCACUGGCAAUUCUCUGCCAUCUAUUUAAGUACCACCCAGAUCUAGCCAGGAUGGAAGUAUAGAGACACUCUCUCUCGUGCUCUCUCUCGUGCUCUCUCUCUCUCUCUCUCUCUCUCUCUCACACACACACACACACAAACCACAAGCUGCUUUUGGUUUUCAAUGUGUAUUACAAUAAUCUUAUUUAUAGUCUGAAUUGUUCCAGAUAUUCUGAAGGCUCCUGCACCACUGAAGAGUCAUACCAUGCUGCUCAGCAGGAGAUAUUCCUGUGGCUUUUCACUCACCUUGCUUGCUGCCCAUUUCCUCUCCUCAAAUGCCUGUGGAUAUGAGCCAAUGAGUGAGUAUGAAUAUGAAAUUAGAGUUUCAGAAACCAACAAAAGUCCUUUCCUAAAAACACAGGGAGCUGCUUUUUACAAGGUCAGACUAGCAUUUUCUCAGGUUCUCUUGCAAUAGAAAUCAACCCCAAAGAAGCUGGUUGUUUUACUCUCCCUUUGCAUGUGGGUUUUUGCAAACUGCCCUGUGAUCCUUGGAUGAAGGCCGGUAUAGAAAUUUAAAUAAUAAUAAUUGCCUUCGGUCUUGCAACAGAGAUGGACAAAUCUGUCAUUUUUGGUUUCUCGGUUUCUCCUUAUUCCAAUCUUCAGUUCUCUCGUUCCAGAUCAGUGUGCAAUUUUGUUAAGUCCUCAUGAAAAUUCAUCAGGUUUUGUGUUUGUAUAGAAAUAUACACAUUUCCCCCGAUAUACAGAUUUUUGCAAGACCAUUUAGCCAAAGGUAGUGCAUUUUUGUACGCUAUAUUGGGGAAUAUGUGCAACUUUAUUCCAACUAUACUCUUUUGUACACACUGCUUGACUAGAGAGCUGCCUUGCAAAUUUUAGAGAAGUGAGGUUUUUGAAGGAAGGUUGUUUUCCAUUCUCAUAUUGUUUUAGGAAAUGUGAAUGAGGUUGAUUCGCCUUUCAAUGUCAACUGAGUCAAAUUUCUUCCCCAUCCCUGUCUAGCAAUACUCUGAAUUCUAACUGAAAGUAGUUCUCCAGGUUGUCAGGUGGCAGUGGAGCAGAGAGUCUCUCCCAUCUCUUGCUACCUGUUUCUUUUGAGAUCUCAGAGAGGGAACCUGGGUGUCUACUGCAUUUAACACAGAUGAUCUACAACUAAGCUUCUUGAGAAUUCUAGAUAAAAACAUGACGACCCUUGGUGCAAUCAUGUCCCAGGGACAGCUGUGUUACCACAUCUAGGCUUUGGAGCACCACGCACACAACAAGGAGAUUUAUUUGGCUACCCUCUAAGGCUGUGCUGAAUUUUUCUCCCAUUUUGUGUACACCGGAGUCUUCCUUCGGCGAUCAUGCUUGCAGGAAAGCCCUACCGAUGGGCUUGUGUUUUUGAGGAAGUAUAGAGCAGAAAGGCCACAAAGAGAUGCUUGUACAGCGGAAGGGGACAGCCACGCAAGCAUAACCUGCAGCCACCUCAUAAGGAAAGCAGCUCUGCUAAAAUGGAAGUAUACAGCGGUACCUCAUGUUACAUACGCUUCAAGUUACAGACUCCGCUAACCCAGAAAUAGUACCUCAGGUUAAGAACUUUGCUUCAGGAUGAGAAUGGAAAUCAUGUGCCGGUGGCGCGGCGGCAGCAGAAGGCCCCAUUAGCUAAAGUGGUACCUCAGUUUCAGGUUAAGAACAGACCUCCAGAAUGAAUUAACCCAAGGUACCACUGUAAAGAUGGGAUGCAGGUGGCGCUGUGGGUUAAACCAGAGCCUAGGACUUGCUGAUCAGAAAGUCGGCAGUUCGAAUCCCUGUGACGGGGUGAGCUCCCGUUGCUCGGUCCCUGCUCCUGCCAACCUAGCAGUUUGAAAGCACGUCAAAGUGCAAGUAGAUAAAUAGGUACCGCUCUGGUGGGAAGGUAAAUGACAUUUCCAUGCACUGCUCUGGUUCGCCAGAAGUGGCUUAGUCAUGCUGACCACAUGACCCAGAAGCUGUACGCCAGCUCCCUCAGCCAAUAAAGCGAGAUGAGCGCCAGAACCCCAGAGUCGGUCACAACUAGACCUAAUGUUCAGGGGUCCCUUUACCUUUACCACCGUAAAAUUAUUUUUUGAAAUAGGAAGAGCGUUACUAAAUCAGGCCCAAGGGCCAUCCUGCUCUGUUAGUGGGCAACCAGUUGCCUCGCAGAAUGUGAGCGCAACAGCAUUCUGCCCACUUGGAGUUAGCCAUAUCGGAAUUGUAAUACUGUUCCCAGGAUUUGGGGCAGGGCAGGGCUGGGGGGAGGCAGUGCUUGUCAGCCUUCUUUGUGGUCCAGAUCUCACUUCCAUACAUCACUACUGGGAAAAAUACCUGGGCACACUAGCUCAAACUGGAAGGAAUAUAUGAUACUGCUGGAGAUAAUAUUUGAAACUAAACUUCUUUCUGGUUCCAUCCCUGACAGGUGGUGAGAAUUGCCUUAAUCGUACUUCAAAAUCUGUGCAAAAAGGGGAGACAAUAACAGUGAAAUUUGCUAAUGAUUCAGUUCCUUCAGAACCUUAUUUCGACACCUGCAUUUGGAACAACACAGAUUCCAGAUGGUACAUUUUGUGCCAGUUUAGUGAUGGAGUCUGCAAGCCAUACCAUAAGGACUUCAAAGAGAAUGUUUCUGUGACAGCGGGAACUUUUCAUAUAUACAACGUAAGCAAAGAUGCUGGCAGGAUCUAUAAGCUUCUCACCAUUUCUGGAAAAUGUGUGGCCUGGAUCAAUGUCACCGUGUCAGGUAAGUUUUUACGUGCCACACCUUUGCUAUAAGAGGAUGUGGAGUCUGUGUAGACUCCGCGGUGCUAUAAUUGUUAAAAAACAGCUGGAAGUCAAAAGCACUUGCUCAUUUGUUGUAGAUCCACAAUCGUUAUAUGGGGCAGGUGGGGCUGGAUUAACCAUUAAGCAAAAUAAGCAACGCUAAGGGGGGAAAGGGAAGGGGACACCACAUAAAUUUUCCAUUGCCGGAUUUACCAUGGACCAUAUGGUACAGCUGAACCAGGUUUGACCAAAAAAAGUCUCCCACAAUAAAUGAAAAAGGAGACGAAGACGAAGAAAAAGAAGAAGAAGAAAAAGAAGAAAUACUAGAGAUUAAUGUUUUACAUUUUUACAGUUUAUUGUUAUUUAUAUUUUGAAUUAGAUAUCUACUAUAGGGGCACCAAAAACUUUUAAGUACAGUGGUACCUCGGGUUACAUAUGCUUCAGGUUACAGACGCUUCAGGUUACAGACUCCGCUAACCCAGAAAUAGUACCUCGGGUUAAGAACUUUGCUUCAGGGUGAGAACAGAAAUCGUGCAGCGGCAGCAGGAGGCCCCAUUAGCUAAAGUGGUGCUUCAGGUUAAGAACAGUUUCAGGUUAAGAACGGACCUCAGGAACGAAUUAAGUUCUUAACCCAAGGUACCACUCACUGUACAGCUGAACCAGGUUUGACCAAAAAUAGGCUCCCACAAUAAAUGAAAAAGAAGACAAGGAUGAAGACGAAGAAAUAGGGAUUAAUGUUUAACAUUUUUACAAUUUAUUUUUAUUUAUAUUUUGAAUUAGAUAUCUAUAGGGGCACCAAAAACUUUUAAUUAGUCUUAAUUCGGCCCUUGUCAACCUGGGAAAAGAGCCCAUCUAGGAGAAGGAAAGUUCUGAUCCUAAACCUCCACUGCCUCGUGGGAUAUCUUUGUGAGAAGGCAAGGCAAAGGACUAAACCCUACACAAAUCCGCAGUGGGGUCCUUAAGAUGGCUGGAUGGCUCCUUGUACGCUUCCUUCCGGCAACUCCUGCAGCCAAGCAGGUGCCAAACAUAUCGCUCUGCUUUCCUUUGGGUCACAUCAGGGAUGUUGAGAGGGGAGUCUUGUCGUCUGAGCAGUUCAGGACCUCCAGACACGCUGCCCAGGCUUGCAUCCCUGAUGGGGAGGUCACUAUGGUGUUGCAAAUGCAGCCGUUUGACUUCACCCUCAGAGGCGCACUCCAUUGUCUCUUGAGUCAGACAGAGGCCAACAAUACAAGCACAUCUCUAGCCGAAAGAGGGCACUGAUCCAUGGCCCUUAGCUAGGGCUCUGUGUCUUAUGUUCUUCUUAUACAGUGGUACCUCGCGUUAAGGACUUAAUUCAUUCCGGAAUUAACACAAUUUACACGGAAUUUACACAAUGGGCUGCACGUGAUUGGCUAAUUCUGGGGUUCUCCUGUAGGCCAAUCAGGUUGUGGAUUCACUUCCAUCUGGAGCUGGAUUGGGUGGCUCCUGCGGACCAAUCAUACUGCUGCAUUGUUCUCGGUCCAAUCAGACUGCUGCAUUUUGGAUCCUAUUCAACUCAGUACAUAACAGCCAUCCUCCUUAUGUAUGGAUGCUGCUUUUGGUUAAUAUGGAUCCACACCCAGAUAGUGAGUUCACUAUUAAUAUAUGUAGGAGAAGUAACCUACUGAACCCUACUUUUCUUUUUCUUCCCCUGCAGGUGGUGUGUCCUGGACGUACUCCCACAUUGUCAUUACAGUGUUAGCAAUCUUAUUAUUAUUAUUUUAA